CGCUUUGGGGGGUUAACGUGAUAUUGACUUGUUGCAAGAGGUGCUGGGGGUCAGACCGCACCGUCGGGGGGCGGCGUGGAAGCGGAACUCGCUGCGGGAUGAGCGACGUGCUUGAGCGGGGAUCCGCUGCUGCUCAUUAACACUGGAGGCGGGGCGUCCGCGGUCAUUAUCGAGGGGAAGCUUGGCGGCGUCCGGCUGUCCAUUGGACCAGGAAACCGUCAGCAUUGUGGCUCAAGUCUGCUUCGGGGUAAACACGCUGCAAUUUCUGCACUUCUUCGGUUUGCUUUUUUAACAUACCCGCUCGGCCAGUCUGUCUGCUGCCGCCAUGAAGCAUUGUGAAUUGGAGAAGCGCCAGAGGACCGGGACAGGCAAAGCCAUCGCCGUGUUGACCAGCGGAGGAGAUGCACAAGGCAUGAAUGCAGCAGUUCGAGCAGUGACUCGGAUGGGCAUAUAUGUUGGAGCCAAGGUGUACCUUAUCUAUGAGGGCUAUCAGGGACUGGUUGACGGGGGUGACCACAUCAAACUAUCCAACUGGCAAAGUGUGUCUGACAUCAUCCAACAGGGAGGCACGGUGAUUGGCAGCGCCCGCUGCAAGGACUUCACCAAGCGGGAGGGGCGCCAGAAAGCCGCCUACAACCUGGUGCAGCGUGGCAUCACCAACCUGUGCGUGUGCGGAGGUGACGGUAGCCUGACCGGGGCCGAUGUCUUCCGCAGGGAGUGGCCAGAGCUGCUGGCGGACCUUGUUCGUGAGGAGAGGAUCACAGAGGAGCUGGCCCAGCAGCACGCCCACCUGAACAUCGUGGGCCUGGUGGGCUCCAUCGACAACGACUUCUGCGGCACGGACAUGACCAUCGGCGCCGAUUCAGCCCUGCACCGCAUCAUGGAGGUCAUUGAUGCCAUCAGCACCACAGCACAGAGCCAUCAGCGGACGUUUGUUCUGGAGGUCAUGGGCCGGCAUUGUGGGUACCUGGCCACGGUGUCGGCGCUGGCAUCCGGUGCAGACUGGGUCUUCAUCCCAGAAGCCCCACCAGAAGAUGGCUGGGAGGAGCACUUCUGUGCCCGGCUGGGCGAGAGCCGCAGCAAGGGAUCCAGGCUGAACAUCGUGAUCGUCGCCGAAGGGGCCAUCGACAGACACGGCCAGCUCAUAUCCUCCAGCUACGUGAAAGAUCUGGUGGUGAAGCGGCUGGGAUAUGACACGCGGGUGACUGUGCUGGGUCACGUCCAGAGGGGAGGCACACCUUCCGCCUUCGACCGCGUGCUGAGCAGUAAAAUGGGCAUGGAGGCUGUGGUGGCCCUUCUGGAAGCCACCCCAGAUACCGAGGCCUGCGUCAUCGGCCUCUCGGGCAACCAGGCCAUGAGGCUGCCCCUCAUGGAGUGUGUGCAGAUGACCAAGGAGGUGCAGAAGGCCAUGAAUGAGAAGAGGUUUGAGGAAGCCAUUCAGCUGCGUGGGAAGAGCUUUGAGAACAACUGGAACACUUACAAGCUGCUGGCCCACCAGAAGCCUUCCCAGUCACAGAAUAACUUCUCCUUGGCGAUCCUAAACGUGGGAGCCCCGGCAGCAGGGAUGAACGCGGCGGUGAGGUCGGCAGUGAGGAUGGGACUUGCCAAGGGCCACAAGGUCUACACUAUCAAUGAUGGCUUUGGAGGCCUGGCCACAGGGCUGAUCAACCCGGUGAGCUGGCAUGAUGUAGCAGGCUGGACCGGACAAGGAGGCUCACUUCUAGGGACUAAACGAACCCUUCCUAAUUCCUGCAUGGAGGAGAUAGUGAACAACAUCCGCAAGUACAACAUCCAGUCGCUGCUGGUCAUUGGAGGGUUUGAGGCAUAUGAGGGGGUGCUGCAGCUGGUGGAAGCCAGGGGUCGCUAUGACGAGCUCUGUAUCGUCAUGUGUGUCAUCCCCGCCACCAUCAGCAACAACGUGCCGGGCACGGACUUCAGCCUGGGGUCCGACACCGCUGUCAAUGCUGCCAUGGAGAGCUGUGACAAAAUCAAGCAAUCGGCUUCGGGCACGAAGAGGCGGGUGUUCGUGGUGGAGACCAUGGGCGGAUUCUGUGGCUACCUGGCCACUGUCACUGGAAUCGCCGUGGGAGCAGACGCUGCAUAUAUCUUUGAGGAGCCCUUCAACAUCCACGACCUGGAGGCUAAUGUGGAGCACCUCAGGGAGAAAAUGAAGACUGACAUUCAGCGUGGUCUGGUGCUCAGGAAUGAGAAGUCCAAUCCACAAUACACCACUGAAUUCUUACACAAUCUGUACUCUGCUGAGGGAAAAGGCAUCUUUGACUGCAGGGUGAAUGUGCUCGGACAUCUUCAGCAGGGAGGGGCCCCCACACCAUUUGACAGAAACUAUGGCACCAAGCUAGGCGUGAAGGCCGUGCUGUGGAUAACUGAGAUGAUGGAGAAGAAAUACAGGCAGGGACGCGUGUUUGCCAACUCACUGGACACAGCCUGCGUGAUCGGGAUGACCAAGAAAGUCCUAUCCUUCAGCCCAGUGACGGAUCUCAAGGAACACACAGACUUUGAGCACAGGAUGCCCAAGGAGCAGUGGUGGCUGAACCUGCGUCUGAUGCUGAAGAUGCUGGCCAAGUAUCAAACCAGUUUCAAAGAGUAUGUCAUCGGGGAGGUUGAGCACGUGACCCGCCGCUCUCUCAGCAUAGAGACGGGGUUCUGA